GCAGGGUUUUGUUAAAGCCACAGAAAUGUCCCCCCUCCAUUUUCUACUCAGUCAGCAGUCCUACAGAGUUGCCAGAGUUUUUGUUUAUUUAUGGGAUGUUUCAGGUUUUGAAAGGAAUGGUUCAUAAUUUGAGAACAAAGUUCUAGAAGGCUGACUAGACAAUCCUGUAUUUCAUAAUGCAAGAGCUCCUUAAGUGAUGAUGGAUGGAAGGCUGAGUGGACCUCGACCGCUUUUACCGGAGAUUCGACUUCCUCCUUCCGUUGGAAUCGAACUCCAGCCGUGAGCAGAGCUUCGGCUGCAUUACCUCCGCUUACCACUCUGCGCCACGGAGGAUACUACUAAAAUGUCAACACGGGCCCAACCUGUUUCUACAGGGUGGCUGAGUGCUGAUGCUGCCUGCUGACACGGAACUGGAGGCCCUCAGCCCUUUCCCCCUUCAGUCUCCGGGCCCAGCGUAGAUGUCAGUAGGCCAUGGCUCAGCCUGAUGUCAGUUUCCAGCCUGAGGCAACAGCCCAACUGCAGGCUUGCAAGGAGGAAGCGGCCAGUGCCGAGCCCAGCACCCUAGACUGUGUGAUCUGCUUCACCCCUUACGACCAGCUCUUCAGGCUGCCCAAGGAACUGAGCUGUGGCCAUAUCUUCUGCCUGGAGUGCCUGGCCCGCAUCAACGUCUCAUCUGAGGAUGUCAAUGCCCUCACCUGCCCGGUCUGCCGGGCGCCAACUACCUUCCCUUCCUGCAAAGGGCUGCCGGGCCUGCCUACUCGCAGCGACCUACUGGACCAGCUCUCUUCUGCGCCCAUCCCCCCAGGCUCGGUGCGUUUUGACCGUCGCCGGGGCUUGCUCUACCUGCCGGGUAGGGGCAGAGGUGGUGCUCAAGCUGGGCCUAAGCCAGGGUCUCCCCUCAACACCGUCAGCCUGAGUAUCGACGUCGGGAGGCCGGCACCACAAGGCGCGAGCCGUGUCCUGGGCCUCUCUGGCUGGCCGUUCUACGUGGCCCUGGCAGUAGCCCUGCUGGUUACCAUUGGCUUAAUUACUUGUGGCAUUUACAUCUUUCUGAUGCCGUCCAUGUACACUGUUUCAAUGGGAGGACGGCCCCAAGGAAAUCACAGCAUUGGCUCUGGGGCAAACCGCUCCUAUGUGCACUUACUUCCACCAUAGGGGUGAAAGGUGGAGGGCGAAGGAGUGGGAUCUCACUUCUCCUUCUGUCUUCCAGUUGUCGUGACUGUACCAGUUGUUGUGACCAUACCACUUGUAGUCUUGUGCUUGCACAAAGGCUGCUUGCCUCAUUCAGCCACAGGUUGCUGGGGGAAAUGUGGCAGCAGGGUGGGGGGAAAACUGAGCCCACCUGGGACUGCUGAAGCUGCGGAGGCAGCUGCACGUGCACUUUACCAGUGAGUUGCUACUUAAACUGUCCCAAGAAGUUCCCACCACAGACACAGUGUGCAUUAGUUACCCUUUAAUUGCCUUAAUGCACUCAGAAGCAGGAGAGUGUGAAUGCAUCUUCUCCGUGCAUGGGCAAGAGAAGGCUUCUGAUCUGCUCUAGCCCUUCAUGCGUUUACUCAUGUGUUGGGUACUCAUGUGUAGCAGCAGGAGUGGGGCUCUUACAUUGCAUUGCCCCACCACCCCGACCUUGCAGGUUGAGUGUAGAGGUCUGCAAAAGGAGUCUGUUGAGCACGCAGCUGUUUGUGCCUGGGGGCUCCACGUGAGACACCAGCGCAGUUAGCCUUCCUGCUCUCGUGUGGAGCUGCUAUGGGCAAGUAGCUGCUUUCUUUACCUCUCUGCUCAACACGCCACGCUCUGGUCAGGGGUGGUGGGGGUACUUUGUUGGGAGGAGUCAGAAGAGCAGCCCUGCUCCUCAUACUCCACAGGAGUGCCCUACAAUGUGGGAAAGUGGCCAUUGGCUUGGGGUCUACAUUGCAGAAUGGGGCAGCAGAGCCCUGAGGUGGCAGACUGCAUAUUAUUCCUGGAAGAAGGGGAGGGGAUUGCAUUUUUGAACGUUCCCUUAUGGCAAACAAAGGCAUUCUGCAGUCAGAAACGUAGCAUGGGCAAAGAAGACAGGACCUUUGUCUCCUUGGUUUUUAACUUGUAGGAAGCUUGGUUCAUGGGGAAGCAACUGAAGAUGGCAUUCUCCACCUAGAGUCUGAAGUGCUCCAGUCAACUCUACCAUUUCAUUCUGCUUCAUGUGCAGACCAGGCAGUGCUGGCUCCAGAUUCACCUCCCCUCUUCAUUGCUGUUGCUGCUGCAUACCCACUCACCCUGUCCCACUGGUCCCAAUCUGCACCACUGCCCAGAGGGAGUGGAAGCAGCUGCUCUUCCUUGCACCUGCCACCAUUGACUUGCUUGGUGUGGAGGCCCACAGGGCUUUGUGAGUAAGCAAAGGUGGGCCCCUUGCUGUGUCAGAGGCAUUGGCAGAUGCCCAACAACACUAACUUCUGAUGCUGGCCCUAAGACCAAGCCAAUGUUGAGUACAGCUCUGAGAUGAUAGUUUCUCUAGCUUAAUUAACAUGUUACAAAAAUGGGGACUUAACAGAUGACAUAAGCUUGCAUGCUUGUAAUGUGAGAUCAGUUUGGAGAAAUGACCAGCCCCUCUUGGCUCUUGCAGGGCAAUUGCUUUGUUUUCCAGCAGUCUUGAAUAGCUGCACAGUCAGCAAACAUUCACACCAUGUAGCCUUUCCUAAUAAAGAGAUGUGGUAAUAGGGUGGUGGUGGCUUCACCUGUUAAAUUUCUACCUGCCACACACAGAUCAAAGCCAUGAGAGCCCUGCUGGGGGUGGCAUCUCAAAAGACAAGCAAGGAUCAUCUGGUUUGGGCUUGGGAUGUCUGUGUUCAGCACUAGUCAUAACUGUUGUUAGAAUACGGUUGCAAAAUGAUUAGCAGGGGUGCGGAAACUUUGGUCCUCCAGAUAUCCCCGAGUACAUCUCCUGUCAUCCCUGGCCAUUGGCCAUGCCUGCUGGGGCUAAUGGCAGUUGAAGUUCAGCAACAUCUGGAGAGCCACAGCUUCCCCACACCUGGGUUUGAGGAAAGCCUGACUGACUUGUUUUGGUAACUUUUAAAACACAAACAUUAUUGGCUAAAGUGCAGAUAAAAACGAUCAGCGGCCAAUUCCUGCAGAUUCCUGGCGAUGGUGCAGCACCAGAGGCCCAUUCAGAAGUAGGCAAUCUGAUUUUGCACAUCCUCAAAUCUAACGCUCCAGCAAAUUGUUUCUAGUUUUGUUGUAUGUCUUGGCUUUCCUGCUCUGCUUGGUUGGGCAAAAGCAAACAUGAUUUCAUCCCUAGUGAUGCUAGUGGCCCCAAAAUCAUGAACACUUUGUUCUCAGAUGUUCCUUAAAACUGCUUCUUUGCCAUGAUCCUGUAAAGAAAUCAGCCUUGAUUACAAAUAUAUGUAUAUCCAUGUCCAGAUGUUUACAACUUUGGGUUUAUGAUCAGAGGGGCUGAAACGGAAGCCUGUGGAAGAACUUGAGCUUUAUAGGGAUGAGUUCCACUACCCCAAGAAGCUUCAGCUCUGCUUUCUGAGCCUGCCACCACAUUUUACAAGGCUUUGCCUGCAAUCACAUAACCACAUUUGGAAAGUUAAAUCUAUUACAGCAGAGACUCACAGGUUUCUAAAGAACCACUUCAGGACUUGUUCUGGACAGAUGAUGUGUCUCCUUUUCUCUCCUUAUGGCUUUCUGUGAGCUAUCAAGGUGAUGUCCACUAGCUGGAAACCUUGGGGCAGACACCCUUGUGGAACCAUCCCGGCAAGAUUAUUGAUACUUGUUGCCAAUGAGACUGAUUGAAAGGAUUCCCCAAAUAUUUGUUUUCCCUUCCCCUUUGUCUUUCCCCCAAAUACAUAUUUUUUCCUGAACAGUAUUACUUUUUUAAAAAAAAUUAAACCCCUGCAGGAUCACAAAUGGAUAAAAAAACCCCACACACCAAUAUAAGCAUGCAGGAUGCAUUGGCUAGAAAACAUGGCAGUCAGCAUUAGAGGAGUGGACAAACAUUUACAGUAUGGGAUCUACAUUGUUCUUUUACUUAGAAGGUCCAUCAACCUUGGCUAGUUGUAAAAUAAGAGCUCAAGGGCCAGAGCCAAUUAUUUAGGGAAGAGACACACUGUUGUUCUGGUUCCAGUGCGUCCUCACCUGUUUUCUGAAAACAGAUGCUCACAAUGGUAGUCAAACUGUGUGCCUUUUUACUUGUAAAACCUGGCCAGAUAUCAGCUUGAGUGUUUUUUUAAAUACAGCUUCAGGCAGAUUUUGCUGAUUGGUUGAUCAACCUGUUGCCCCUCCAGGUGUGGCCAAUGGAAAUACUUUGCUGUAGGCUCAGGUGAGACAGUGAUUGGCUCAACACUUCGCUUUGAGCGGUCCUGAAAGAUCUGAUGUCAGCAGAGGGGAAGGGAGGUGUGGCCAGCAGAGUCGCUUCAAAAUGCAAUCAGAAAAAUCAUUCUUGCUGCUUUUGAAGUGACUAGUGUGUCCACAACCACUUAACUGUAGCCCCCAAAGCAUACCCUGGGAUAACCUGGAUAUGCAGGUACAAAUAAACAGCUGAGUUACUAAUGGAGCAGGGAUUCUUAGUGUAGGGGGACUUGUUUUAUAAUUGCUGCUGUGAAAUGAUGGG